CCCGUACAAACUGCGUACCGUCAAGAUGGCGGCUGGGCUGCGGAAACGCGGCCGGGCGGGUGCCGCGGCUCGGGCGGCGAGUCGCUGCGAGCAAUGGCUGCAGCGCGCCUGGCAAGAGCGGCGCCUGCUGCUGGUGGAGCCACGUUAUACGCUGCUGGUGGCCGCCUGCCUCUGCCUAGCGGAGGUGGGCAUCACCUUCUGGGUCAUUCACAGGGUGGCAUACACAGAGAUCGACUGGAAGGCCUACAUGGCUGAAGUGGAGGGUGUCAUCAAUGGUACCUAUGACUACACACAACUUCAGGGUGACACUGGACCUCUUGUGUACCCAGCUGGCUUUGUGUACAUCUUUAUGGGGCUGUACUAUGUCACUGGCCAAGGCACUGACAUCCGUAUGGCCCAGCACAUCUUUGCUGUACUCUACCUGGUCACCUUGCUGCUUGUCUUCUGGAUCUACCACCAGACCUGCAAAGUACCUCCCUUCGUCUUUUUCUUCAUGUGCUGCGCCUCUUACCGUGUCCACUCCAUAUUUGUGCUGAGGCUCUUCAAUGAUCCCGUGGCUAUGGCGCUGCUCUUCCUUAGUAUCAACCUCCUGCUGGCCCAACGCUGGGGCUGGGGCUGCUGCUGUUUCAGCCUGGCAGUCUCGGUGAAGAUGAACGUGCUGCUCUUUGCCCCCGGGUUACUGUUCCUCCUCCUCACACAAUUUGGCCUCCGUGGGGCCCUACCCAAGCUGGGCAUCUGUGCUGUCCUUCAGGUGGUGCUGGGGCUGCCCUUCCUGUUACAGAACCCUGUUGGCUACCUGUCCCGCUCUUUUGAUCUUGGCCGCCAGUUUCUCUUCCGUUGGACAGUGAACUGGCGCUUCCUUCCUGAGGCCCUCUUCUUACAUCGUGCCUUCCACCUGGUCCUGCUGGCCGCCCACCUCAUCCUGCUCUUCCUCUUUGCCCUCUGCAGGUGGCACAGGACAGGGGAAGGUAUUCUGUCGCUGCUGAAGGAUCCCUCCAAAAGGAAGGUUCCACCCCAGCCCCUCACACCCAAUCAGAUCGUUUCUACUCUCUUUACCUCUAACUUCAUUGGGAUCUGCUUCAGCCGCUCCCUCCACUACCAGUUCUACGUCUGGUAUUUCCAUACACUGCCCUACCUCCUGUGGGCCAUGCCUGCACGCUGGCUCACACACCUGCUCAGGUUGCUGGUGCUGGGGCUCAUUGAGCUCUCCUGGAAUACAUACCCAUCUACGUCUUGUAGCUCUGCUGCCUUGCAUAUGUGCCAUGCUGUCAUCCUGCUGCAGCUCUGGGUGGGGCCUCAGCCUUUCCCCAAGAGCAUCCAGCACAGUAAGAAAGCCCACUGAAAUUCACGCCUUCCCCUUCAGUCCACUGAGGACCCUGAAUGGGGAUGGACUCUGCCUUUCCAAAUAAACCUUGCCAAGUCCACCUCUGUGCAGCCUCCCCGGAGGGAUAGGCAGCUGGUGCCAGGACCAAGGUGUUUGGAGCAUGCACAGGCUAGACAAAAGAACUCACUCAGGCAGU